AUGAGUGACGAAUCCAACGGGGUGCCGACCCAAGGGUUACCCGAACACUAUGCCAUUGGUAUUUCGUUCGGAAAUUCCUACAGUUCAAUAGCACACAUUUCAGGGGAAGGAAAAGUUGAGGUGAUCGCCAACGAAGAAGGAGAUCGACAAAUUCCUACCAUUCUAUCAUAUAUCGACGGAGAGGAAUUCCACGGAACACAGGCAAAGGCGCAGUUAAUUCGGAACAGCAAAAACACCGUUGCAUAUUUCAGAGACUAUGUUGGAAAAGACUACAAAUCGAUAGAUCCUACGCCCUGUCAUGCCUCAGCCCAUCCUAUCGAACACGACGGUCAAAUCUCCUUUUCCGUUCGAGAUACAGAGAGGGAAAUGGAAAACAAGGUGCCUGUCCUCGAAAUCGCCACACGACAUUUGCGACGGCUGAAGAAUUCCGCCUCCGAUUUUACUGGCAAGGCUGUGACUGCUGCGGUUGUUUCCGUGCCCACAGAUACCACCGACGACCAAAAGGCGGCCCUGACCCAAGCUGCGGCCAACAUCCAGGUGGAAAUCCUCCAAUUCAUACCCGAACCCAUUGCGGCUUUGCUAGCAUAUGAUGCGCGAUCGUCUGAACCUGCCACGGACAAAAUCAUUGUCGUCGCCGAUUUUGGUGGAAAUCGAUCGGACGUCGCCGUGGUCGCAUCAAGAGGGGGCAUGUACAGCAUUCUGGCUGCCGCUCACGAUUACGAACUGGGUGGAGCGCAGUUAGAUCAAGUCCUGAUCGAUCACUUUGCCAAAGAUUUUGAAAAGAAGCAUAAGAUUGAUCCACGCAAGAAUGAGAGGAGCUUGGCAAAAUUGAAACUCGAAGCCGAGGCUGUGAAGAAAGCACUCAGUCAGAGUAACAGCGCCACUUUCAGCGUCGAAAGUCUUGCAGACGGUAUUGAUUUCAGAUCUACGGUCAACAGGACCAGAUACGAAAUCCUGGCCUUGAAACCUUUCACUCGAUUUACAAGGCUUGUGGAGGAAGUCAUCAGGAAAGCUGAACUUGAUGUUCUCGAUAUUGAUGAAGUUAUCAUGUCUGGAGGUACCUCCCAUACGCCCAAGAUUGCCAAGAAUAUCGAAGCCAUCUUCCCCGAGUCGACGAAAGUUCUCGCCCCUGCUACCACACCGACGGCAUUGAAUCCCUCUGAAUUAUCGGCCAGAGGAGCUGCCCUUCAAGCUUCUUUAAUCCAAGAAUUUGAAAAGGAAGAUAUUGAUCAAUCCACGCAUGAAAUGGUCACCGUCACCCCGCACUUGACUGCUGCGGUUGGCUUUCAGGUAACUGGUCAACCUGCAGACUCAUUGACAGUCAUUGUUCCACCCAACACGGCCGUUCCCGCACGAAGAACGAAAGUUAUUGAUUCCCUCGAGGGCGACGUCUUGAUUCGAAUAUGUGAGGGACAGCGUGAGAUCAAAGUUUCCCAGGCCGAACCCAAACCGAAAGCUGAGACAAACGGUACUCCGGGUGAUGAUGAGGACGACGAAGCGGUCGAAGAUGAUGAAGAUGAUGAACCAGAAGAGAUUCGUGAGAAGAUCUGGAAACCAAAACAAACUCUUGCUGAAUUCGCAUUCAAGGGUCUCAAGAAGGGUUCCAAAGUAGAGAUCAUGGUCGACGUUGACGCCGAGCUUGCAUUGUCUAUCACGGCCCGGGAGAUUGGUGGUAAAGGAGGUAUCAGAGGUGAGAUCAGGGCUUCGGAGUUGGUGCAGAAUGGCAGUGCUUGA